AUGACCUGGCAAACGGAGUUCUGGUCAUGGAUGUCGCCGCCGAGCGUGAAGCUAGGCUCUACACCAGCGGUGGGAGAGAAAGCACCGACAACCUCCAGGCUCAGCUUUUCGGCUGAAGGCAAGCCAACAGUCGUGAGCUUCCUGAGGCACUGUGGAUGUCCAUUCGCUGAGAAGACAUUCCUUCAAAUGCGCGCAAUUGCCCCAGCGCAUCCAGAUGUUCAAUUUGUGGCCGUCUCGCACAGCGAUCAAGCUGCAACAGACAAAUGGCUUGCAGCUUUGCCUGAGCCAUCACGAAAUACACAGCCGAAUCUUAACAUCAUUAUAGACGCGGACAGGGAUAUCUACGCAGCAUGGGGUCUAGGCACUUCAAGCCUGUGGCACGUCCUGGGCAGCAUACCUAGUGUGUCUAAGUUGGACAAAGAGGACGGCAUCAAGGUGCGGUCGACCGAGAGCGGCAAUCGAUGGCAGACGGCGGGCAAUUUCGCUGUAGAUGGCCAGGGCGUGGUUAAAUGGAGUAGGAAGGACGAGCGCGCGGACGACAUGCCAGACUUCAACGAGGGCGUGGACGCUGUACUUGGAGCGAAGUUCACCCGCUCUGGUGUCGGCGAAGCAAUGCAGGGCUGAAGCUUGACCGCCACAUUGGGACUCAAGUGUAUCUACCGAGAAGAACAUUUAGCUCUGACAUGUCUAUAUCAUUAUUUCUGCAA